UCCCUCCAAUCCAAUUCAUGAAAUCGACAAAAGAAAACAAAUUCUUGUAAUCCUAUUAUCCCCACAGCACAAAAAAGAAAAAAGAAAAAAAGAAAGAAAAUCUCCAAACACACAAUCUUUCGCUUCUCUCAGCAAUCAAUCCUAAACCCUAAAAGAAAAGAAAAUGGAAUUCACUUGUUUACACAACAAAUGCAUUUCACCUUCUCUUACUGUUCUCUCUAGGGUUUCAAUUUCAUUUUCCAAUCUUCCUAAACGCGCCGUUUCAUUUCACCGGCGGCGGAGAAAUUUGUGCUUUGCAACAUUAGUCGAUGGGAAACGUACUAGUGAAGUUGUGAGCAAAAGAGGAGGAGAAGAAGAAGACGAAUUUGGGGAUUUGAAGUCUUGGAUGCAUAAAAAUGGAUUGCCUCCUUGCAAAGUUGUGCUUAAAGAAAGACCUUCUCAUGACAAGAAACUUCGACCUAUUCAUUAUGUUGCUGCUAGCGAGGAUCUUCAGGCCAGUGAUGUGGCGGUUUCGGUGCCCAAUUCGCUUGUUGUUACACUCGAGAGGGUUUUGGGAAAUGAGACUCUUGCGGAACUCUUAACCACAAACAAAUUAUCGGAAUUGGCAUGCUUGGCCUUAUACCUGAUGUAUGAGAAGAAGCAAGGAAAGAAGUCAUUCUGGUAUCCAUAUAUAAGGGAGCUUGAUCGUCAGCGAGGUAGGGGUCAGCUGGCUGUGGAAUCUCCACUUUUAUGGUCUGAGGCUGAAUUGGCUUACCUGACUGGUAGCCCAACUAAGGCUGAAGUUCUUGACAGGGCAGAUGGAAUUAAAAGAGAAUAUGAGGAGCUAGACACUGUUUGGUUCAUGGCUGGUUCUCUGUUUCAGCAAUAUCCAUAUGAUAUACCUACUGAAGCCUUUCCCUUUGAGAUUUUUAAACAAGCUUUUGUAGCCAUUCAAUCCUGUGUGGUGCAUUUACAGAAAGUCAGUUUGGCUCGAAGAUUUGCUUUGGUUCCUCUUGGACCACCUUUGCUAGCAUACAGUAGCAACUGCAAGGCAAUGUUAACUGCUGUUGAUGGUGCUGUUGAAUUAGUGGUUGAUCGACCAUACAAGGCUGGGGAGCCCAUUGUUGUAUGGUGUGGGCCACAGCCAAAUUCAAAAUUGCUUUUAAACUAUGGCUUUGUUGAUGAAGAUAAUCCUUAUGACCGAAUAGCAGUUGAGGCAGCACUGAACACUGAGGACCCUCAGUAUCAGGACAAGAGAAUGGUUGCUCAAAGAAAUGGGAAAUUGUCAGUGCAAGUUUUUCAAGUAUACGCUGGAAAGGAAAAAGAAGCCGUGUCAGAUAUUCUUCCUUAUUUGCGAUUGGGAUAUGUAUCAGAUCCUUCUGAAAUGCAAUCUGUAAUUUCUUCUCAAGGUCCAGUUUGUCCACUGUUACAGGUAAGCCCUUGUAUGGAACAAGCAGUGUUAGAUCAGCUUACUGUUUAUUUUAGAACGCGCCUUGCUGGCUAUUGUACCAGCAUAAGUGAAGAUGAGUUGAUGUUGGCAGAUCCUAACUUGAACCCCAAGAAGCGAGUGGCUACUCAGCUUGUUAGAUUGGAAAAGAAAAUGCUGAAGGCAUGCUUGCAGGCUACAGUUGAUUUGAUAAACCAGUUACCUGAUCACACCAUGCCUCCAUGCCCAGCUCCUUAUGCCCCUUUAUUGAAAUGAAAAAGGUAACAUUAUUUGUGCAUGGAUUGUGUGGAAUAAGAAGUUACUUUGCUGUCCUCGGGCUCAUGGAUUCCAAACGAGGAAUAUAAACCAGGUAGAUGCAUUUUGGAUACUGCUCAAGGUAACCAAUGAGUACAACUAGUUUUACAGCCUCUAGCAUAUGCCUUUAAUAAGUAGUCACGUUUAUUCUAUUCAACUGAUUGGAAGCUUUUGGGUCCAUUUAAUAAUUUGUUCAUAAGCCUAAUCAACCACUGCAUCUUUCUACUUUGACUUGGACAUUUUUUCACCUGGUUUUUUUCCCUUGUCUCCAGACCAGUUAUAGUGCACUAGCACUUGUAAAGGGGAGAGCUAAUAUCUACAAAAAAAAAAAAAAAACCCAGCAUUUUCGUGUAUGUCUAUAGAUAACUUGGCCAUUCAUGGCAUAUUGAGUAAAUUGUAAAUGCAGGGCUGGAUGAACAAAGUUAACUGAACCUUGUUUCGGUGAUUUGUGUACAUUCGUUUUCUUUUUAUGAAACGUGCUUUAUAUA